AUGACUUUAGAGGGUGGAAUUAAAGUGGCUAUAGAUCGCGGUGGAACAUUCACUGAUGUUCUUGCUAUCAUUCCAGGAAAAAAAGAUUAUGCUUUCAAAUUACUCUCCGAAGAUCCAUCUAAUUACGAGGAUGCAAAUAUUGAAGGAAUCAGAAGGGUAUUAGAGUGGGCUACUGGAAAGUCUUAUCCAAGAGGUCAACUUUUGGAUACAUCAAGUAUUUCAAGUAUUCGAUUGGGAACUACAGUUGCGACUAAUGCUUUGUUGGAAAGAAAAGGUGUUCCUACAGCAUUGCUUACCACAGAAGGAUUCAAAGAUCUACUUCAUAUUGGUAAUCAAUCUCGUCCAGAUUUGUUCGAUUUAAAUAUCAGAAAACCAGAAGUUCUUUAUAAGUGCGUAGUAGAGGUGGAGGAAAGAGUGACAUUGCCUGCUUACACAGAAGAUGCAUCAGGAUACACAGCAGACGAUUUGACUGAUGGUAGCGAAUACGUACUCGCAACGACCAAGGAAGUAGUUCAAAUUGUGAAGCCCCUAAACGUGGAUAAGACGAGAAGACAGUUACUAGAACUAAAGGAAAAUGGAAUUGAUUCGAUUGCCGUUGUACUUAUUCAUGGAUACAAUUAUCAGGAUCAUGAGAAAAAAAUUGGGGAGAUUGCAAAAGAGAUUGGCAUUAAAAAUAUAUCUUUAUCUCACGAAAUCCUUCCAAUGAUAAAGGUAGUUAAUAGAGGUCAUUCUACAUGCAUUGAUGCUUAUCUUACUCCAAUAAUUAAGGACUACAUUUCAAGCUUAUUAGCUGGCUUUGAAAAAAAUUUUGAAGAAAACACUAGAAUUGAGUUUAUGAUGUCUGAUGGAGGUUUAUGUCAUUACCAAAAAUUCACUGGCUUAAAAUCUUUAUUGUCAGGACCCGCAGGUGGUGUUGUUGGUCAGGCCCUAACGUCAUUUGAUAUCAAGGAUGGUACACAUACUGUUGGGUUUGAUAUGGGUGGUACUUCUACGGACGUUUCUAGGUAUGCAGGCGAAUAUCAGCACGUAUUUGAGACAAUAACUGCUGGUAUUAAAAUAGCUUCACCACAAUUGGAUAUCAAUACAGUUGCAGCGGGCGGUGGUUCCAUUUUGUCAUAUGAAAAUGGGAUAUACACUGUUGGGCCUGAGAGCGCAUCGGCACAUCCAGGUCCCGUUUGUUAUAGAAAGAAUGGAAAUAAAUUAACAGUUACAGAUGCCAACUUGAUGUGUGGAAGAAUUUUGCCUGAAUUUUUUCCUAAAAUAUUCGGCCCUAAUGAAAACGAAGCUUUAGACAAAGUAGGUGUGGUAAAGAAAUUUGAGGAAUUGGCGAGUCAGAUUAAUUCUGAGAAUCCUCAAAUGAAACCUAAAACAGCUAUUGAAAUUGCUUUUGGAUUCCUCAAGGUUGCAAAUGUUGCAAUGGCCAAGCCUAUUAGACAGCUUACCGAAAAUAAAGGAUAUGAUGUUACAAAACAUAAUUUAGCUUCUUUUGGUGGUGCUGGUGGACAGCACGCUUGUUCAAUUGCAAAAACACUUAAAAUAAAAAGGGUAAUAAUUCAUAAAUACUCUUCAAUUUUGUCAGCUUAUGGUAUUGCAUUGGCUGAUGUGGUCCAUGAGUCUCAGAGACCUACUUUGUGCUCAUAUACUGAAGCUUCUAAAGCUCAUUUACUUAAAGAGUGUGAAGACUUAAAGAAGGAAGUAGCUCAAGAAUUAGAGGAUCAAGGAGUAGAUAGCGUGAAUUAUCAAAUCUUUUUUAACAUGGGGUAUAAGGGUUCUGAUUCUAAGUUGAUGAUAUCAGAGAACGCUAAUGAAGAUUUUUUAACAACCUUUUAUGCAAAACACCAAAGAGAAUUUUCAUUUAAUGAUAUGGAUAGAGAAGUGAUUGUUAGUGACGUGAGAGUGAGGGGCAGUGGCAAUGUGAAUAAAAUCACUGAGCUGUCCCCGUUUGAUGCUUUAGAAUCCACCAAAACUAAGCGCGUUGCUGAUGGAGUAGAGAGACUCAAAUCUCCUGUCUACUUCGACGACGGCUUUAUUGACUCGAAGGUUUACUUCUUAGAAGAUCUAAAUGUUGGCGAUGUGAUACCUGGUCCAGCGAUCGUCUUAGAUGCUACUCAAACUAUUGUAGUAGAACCAAGUUGUGAUUUGACAGUAUUGCCAAGGCACGUAAUUAUUGAUUUGCAAGAAGAUCAGCUGGAUAUUACUUCUACCGUUAAGACAGAAACCAUUGAUCCUCUUCAACUCUCAAUUUUUUCGCAUAGAUUUAUAUCAAUUGCAGAGUCUAUGUGUACUACUUUACAAAAGAUAGCAGUUAGUGCUAAUAUCAAAGAGAGAAUGGAUUUCAGCUGUGCAUUAUUUGACCAAGAAGGUAACUUAGUUGCGAAUGCUCCUGCGGUUCCCGUUCAUUUAAGUUCUAUGUCGUUUGCCGUAAAAUAUCAAAUUAAGUACUGGGGAAAUUCUAUCAAAGAAGGAGACAUUUUGGCUACUAAUCACCCUAAAGCUAUGGGAACUCAUUUACCCGAUAUUACUAUCAUAUCACCUGUAUUCGUCGAUGGAAAAAUUCGCUUCUUUGUCCUGUCAAGGGCUCACCAUGCUGAGAUAGGUGGAACCGUUGCGGGAUCUAUGGAUUCGUCUGCGACACAUCUUGAUAUGGAAGGAGCAAAAUUUAUAGCUUGGAAAUUGGUCCUGGGUGGUCAGUUUGAUUAUGAUGGUGUUCAAAAAUAUUUCGUGGAUGAUCUCAAGACAAUACCUGGGUCUUCUCCUACUAGAAAGAUUGAAGAUAACAUCGCUGAUUUAAAAGCUGAGAUAGCUGCAAAUCAAAAAGGUAUUUGUUUACUCUUAGAUCUUUGUGACGAGUAUAAUACCGAACUAGUAUUAUUUUACAUGAAAGCUAUUAAACAAACGUCAGAAUUAGCAGUUCGGAGAUUUCUUAAAAAUAUCGCAAAAGAAAACAAGCAUAGAUUACCUCUUAGGGCAAUUGAUUUUAUGGAUGAUUGUGCAAAAAUCCAAUUGGAAAUUGACAUUAACGAAAGUGAUGGAUCGGCUGUUUUUGAUUUCACUGGUACAUCCGAGGAAACUUUUAACUGUUUCAACGCACCUCAAGCAAUCACUUUUGCUUGUAUCACAUAUUGCUUAAGAACUCAUAUCACUAAUGGUGAUCUCCCUUUGAACGAAGGUGUAUUAGCACCAAUUAAAGUCAUCAUUCCAGAAGGAACUGUACUUAAUCCGAGUGUAACGGCCGCAGUCUCAGGUGGAAACGGAAUAACGUCACAGAAAAUAACUGAUACUAUUUUGAAAGCUUUUGGGACUGUUGCAGCAUCUUAUGGAUGUAUGAAUUGCCUAUGCUUUGGCCAAGGAGGAAUUGACAAGAAUACUGGUCAAAUGAUAUCUGGCUUUGGAUUUUGCGAAACUAUAGGAGGUGGAUCUGGUGCCGGAAAAGGCUUCAAUGGGUUCAGUGGAACUCAGUGCCAUAUGACAAAUACAUUGAUGACAGACCCUGAAGUUUUGGAGCAGAGAUAUCCUGUCAUCUUACGCCAAUUCUCGAUUAGAAAAGGUAGUGGUGGCCGCGGCAAAUGGAACGGUGGUGAUGGUUUAAUACGUGAGUUGGAAUUCACAUCACCUUGUCAUGCUUCUGUUUUAACUCAAAGAAGAGUGUUCGCUCCUUAUGGUAUGGCUGGCGGUGGCGAUGGGGCUCGGGGUCAAAAUAAACUAGGAAGAUAUGAUAAGAAUAGAGGAUCAAUUUUUUGGAAGCAUCUUGGUUCAACGGCUGAAAUUGAGCUUCAGAUUGGUGAUAUUAUAAAAAUAUUAACACCUGGUGGAGGUGGCUACGGUAUUGUCGAUGAGGAAUAUAAAGAAACUUCUGAGAAUACUAGAAAAGAACACUAUCCAGCUGCGGGAGGAUCGUGUGCUCUUCUUCAAGAGAGCCUUAAUUGUUCACAAUAA